GGAAAAGAUAAGACAUGGUUACAAGGUUACCAAAGAAAGAAGAGCAAGAAGAAGAAGUGGCUGAUCAUCAGCCUUCUUCAACCUUCGAGUCCAUUAAUGCUUUCUCUCAAGACCAACACAACCAUUCUAUGGAUGGUUUCGACAACAUCUUCCACAUCAGCAUUGACAAUUUAAGUUGCUCACAUGAGCUCGAUUGGGAUUUUUGGAAAGAAGAAGACGACGAAAAAGAUGUGAAGGAAGAAGAGAAGAGUUUGAGUACUGAUCAAGAAGGCUCAAGCUCAGGGUUUUGGGAUAAUAUGUCGACAGAUUACGAAGACAAAGAGUUGGGUCUGAAGCUGAAUCUGAACCAUCAAGAAGUUAUUGACGCUUGGUCUGAUCGCUUCCAGCAACCUCUGUGGACAGAUACCUCAAUGCUAAUGGCUCCGGCCAGUGCCAUUUAUAGGGGAGAAGUGCCGGUGAUGGAUGAAGAGAGAAACACGAGAAGAGAAGCGAGUGUGUUAAGGUACAAGGAGAAGAGACAGAGUAGGCUCUUCUCUAAGAAGAUAAGGUAUCAAGUCCGAAAACUCAACGCUGAUAAACGACCUCGUUUUAAGGUGUCUCUCGUUCCUUCUUCUCUCUAUAUCUUAGUAGCCUAACUCUAUUUUAACUAGUUAUUGAAUUUCGUAAUAGUUAUUUAGCAAUCUAUGCCAGAGUCUAGAGAACACUAAACUCUAUACUUUUUCUCAUGAUAUUUUUAUUGCGAUGGAAUUCUUUUGAAUUAUUUGUAGGGUCG